AGCAAUUUUCCCGGCAAAUAGAAAUAUGGAAACAAGAAGUCUUGAGGAGAUACAGGAAGUACUAGAGUUAGCUAAGUUAGAGCGCUGUGAUGUCCAACCAAUGGCACAAUGUUUCACAUUCUCAGAAGAUUUGGGUAAUGAUUCAUUCAAGUUGAUGGAACUAAACCCGGACAUGUUAGCCACUAUAAAAGCUGGAGACAGCUUGGUAAUAAGAGGAGAUGAAUCUGAUUGUGCUGUGAUUUGUACUAACAAUAAAACAUAUGAGUUAAAAGAAGCUGAAAUAUCAAAUUCUCUACUACUUAUUCCUACUGUUAUGUUUCCUGAUCAGAUGGAAAAUAAAGAAGAAACAUUAGAAAACAGACAGGUGGUAUCUAUUAUGCAUGACUACCUAGAGUUACGUCCAUGUAAGCCAAGGCUACAAAAAUUGAGGCAGUUAUUGGAGGAAUGUCCAUAUAAAGGCAUACUAGAGGAUGCAGAGGGACAAUCAGGGAAAAAAUUCACAUACAGUGUACUCCAAGACAUGGUACAGUGUAGCAACACAGAGCUAGAUGCAGCAUUGAAACAAUUGAACGCCUGUAAGAUACAAGAAUAUUGGAGGGUGACUGAUUUUGAGUACCUGAUCAAAGUGUUGACCAACAUCACCAACCUAUGUACAGAAAAUGACUGGCCAAUAGAUAGGAUUCCCUUACAAGAGGUCUCACAGCAACUAGAAGAUGAUGGCACCUUUGCCAGGGUUGUGGUAGAACAUGUGCUGACAUCUUUUGGCACCCCUGUGAACUCCGACACAGACAUGGAAACAGAUGCAGGACCAUCUUUCUAUAAACUAGAUGAGGAUAAGAUGUGUAGGCUUUAUGCUGAUAUGAUUCUACGAGAUACUAAAAAGUUUAAUUUCCAAGAGUUCAUGGAUGCCUGGCAGCAGUGUGUACCUGAAGGAAUGAAAACUGAUGAGUUCCAGUUGCAGGGUUUAGCACUAAUUGAUCGAGACAGUAGCCCAGAAAUCAUUACCUACUUCCCUGUAGAGAAUCUACCAGACGAGGUAGAUGAGCGAUUCACAAAACUUUUUACACAAAAAGAGAAAUGGACUAAAGAUGAAAUAACACCUUAUAUCAAUGAUCUUGCAACGGAAAAGAUUGGUGUAGGGUCCCUUUUGAUGAAGUACGCAAGAGGAUCAAUGCAGAAAGGAGUAAAAGUCUUCAACAGUAGAAAACCAUUGUCCUGACCUUCAAUCUACCAGAUUAAUGUUAUAAUUUAUAUCAUCAUUUAAAUGCUUACACAACUCUAGAAAUUUUGUGUCUUAUUUUAUAAGUGACACACAAAAAUAAUAACAAUAGGACAUAAAAAUAACACACUUCAAAUUGAUUUAAAAUAUCAAUCUCUUGAUAAUUUUUAAGCUGCCGUUUAAUGAACAAAUAUCCGAAUAUAUACAAGAUAUUAUUAACAUCCAUAUACUGUGAAAUAGAAUAAACGCUGUAUUUUAUUUAUAUACACAUACAUGCAUCCUGUAAAAUUGAUUAUGCCAUAUAUUUUAUGUGUUG